AUGCAUAGAUCAUAUAAUUCAAUUCUCCCGACAUCCAAUCGACUUUUACAACAAAAAUGGGAUGAACGUAUUAUAACGAAACACAGACGAAAGGUGAAAGAUGUUCAAUCUAUUGUUGAUACAAAAGCUCCACCAACUUACAUGCAUCUUCAUCUUAAACUUAAAAAAUUCCAGUUGGAGGAAGAGAGGUUAACGACAAUAGAAAGAGAUAAUCGUAUCUUGUUGGAGAAAAUGGCGUACAUCAUGAGAACACGAGGACGUGUUGAUAAUAAAAAUAACUACGAAUAUCAAAGUUUAAAUCGUGAAAAACGUCAGAGAGAAUUAUUACGAGUAGCCAAGGACAACCAGGAGAUUUUACGCAGAAUAACGUCACGACAACCAGAAUACAGCGCUAAAAAAUGGGACCAGGACUGGAAGAAAAAUCAGGCUUUUAUGAAUAAUAUUUCAAGUUUCCCAGAAGAAUGGUGGGUGAAGGUAAGAGAACUAUUUUCAUUUGCUUCAUCGAGGAGGAUUUAA